AUGGUCUUGGAAUGUGGCUUCCAUGGUGCUGUCCAUGGACUUUUCGAGCUGCUUGUGGCGGAGGCGCGGAAUUCCCAGCACCUUUGGACCAUCAGCGGCCUCGAUGGCACAAGCUUUCAGCUCCCUGCAACCGACGGUUCCGUGGCCAAAUUUUGGAGGACUCAUCCAAGAUUUUGCAGCAAGAAGGGUGCAGACGAGAGAUCUCGUACGUCGUUCGACAAGUUUGUGCAAUGGAGGCAGCGAUUGGGUUCCAAAGGGCCCUUGCAGAGGGAACUCGUUCUUGACGCCUAG